AUGGCUAUACGGCAAAUUUUAAUCGUAAUCGACAUAUGGCUUUUUAUUACGGUAUAUGGUCAGAUAAUAUCGCCAGACAAUCAGACCAGACUUUUCUUCAACGAAAUAGAAACUCCGUAUAAGGGACACCUAGAAGCAAUUGUAGACACUGACGUAGGACCGAUGUGGACGCCUAUUUGUUUUGGUCACAUUGGAGAAAAAGAAGCCAAAGUUGCAUGCAAAAGUUUUGGCUUUCUUGAUUUCGAUACAUUUUUUACAAACGAACGAUUGGAAACUGUCAACUACAAAGUAAUGUAUGAUUGCAGAGGUUACGAAUCCGCUCUUAGCAAAUGUAUUGUAGUAACUGAGCGAAUUGUUCAUUGGUGCAAUGAUACGGAGUUGAUUUGCACAGCUAUCCCACUUGAUUCAGACUACUUGCGUAUUAACCCGAAAGACGAAGUACACAAAGGUCGGCUUCAGAUUAAUUACAACGGAAAUUGGGGACCAGUUUACAACGAACACUGGAACUCUGUGGAUUCCAGAGUAGCGUGUCGCCAGCUAGGUUUUAUAGGAGUAAUCCAUCAUAACCAACCAACGACUGAAAGAAAUUAUUCCACUGUUCCUAUUGCUGAUGACUUUAGUUGCAAUGGUCAAGAAAAAUUCCUUCACAAGUGUGGCCAUGGUGACUGGCUAAAGUCAGUUGGUAACAGCUCGAGCGAUGUUUUCUUAACAUGCAUUCCCAUAUAUGAAUGGAAUAAUAACAUCACAUUCCGUCUUGUUGAUAACGGAGGUUAUCCGUUUCAAGGUCGCCUAGAGAUUAAGUACAAUACCGCAGACAAAUGGGGGAGCGUCUGCAACAACGACGUUAGCAUUGAGACAGGACAUUUCAUCUGUACUCAGCUAGGCUUCAUCCAAGGAGCAGUGAACAUAACAAACGAUGCAAUUUUCGGCGCUGGUACUGGAGAUAUUGUGCUUAGCAACUUGCACUGUGCCAUACCUGAGGGAAAUAUUACAAAUUGUGAAUAUGCGCAGCAAGUGAGUAAAUACUGCGACCACUCAACAGAUUUGUCAAUUACGUGCGUACCAUUCACAGAAGAGGCCAAGCCGCAAAUGACGAUCAAACUUACGGGAAGCGAAACACGUUACGAAGGUUUGGUUCGCCUGAGCUACUCGCACGGAUCUGAGUUUGGAACAAUAUGUAGCAAUGGGUUUAAUCUUGUUGUGGCUAAUGUGAUCUGCAGAGAACUCAACUUUUACCAAGGGGUAUAUUCAUUUUCGGUCGGCGAAUAUGACGUGGAUGAGAAAAUUAUAAUAAUGCUGAAUAAUAUCAGCUGCACCGGUAAUGAAUCGAGACUCAUCGACUGCAAACAUGACUUCGUGGAUGGCUGUACCCAUGACCAAGAUGUUAGUGUCGUCUGCAUCCCGAUUACUGAAGAGGCCAAGCCGCAAAUGACGAUUAAACUUACGGGAAGCGAAAAACGUUACGAAGGUUUGGUUCGCCUGAGCUACUCGGACGGAUCUGAGUUUGGAACAAUAUGUAGCAAUGGGUUUAAUCUUGUUGUGGCUAAUGUGAUCUGCGGAGAACUCAACUUUUACCAAGGGGCAUAUUCAUUUUCAGUCGGCGAAUAUGACGUGGAUGAGAAAAUUAUAAUAAUGCUGAAUAAUAUCAGCUGCACCGGUAAAGAAUCGAGACUCAUCGACUGCAAACAUGACUUCGUGGAUGGCUGUACCCAUGCACAAGAUGUUAGUGUCGUCUGCAUCCCGAUUACUGAAGAUUCAUUUGUCACUUUCCUGUUUGGGAAAUUUGGUCUUUACGAGGGAAUGGUUUCUGUAUAUGACGGCGAAGACUUCAACCAGGCUUGUCCAGAUCACUGGGGUCAGUCUGAAUCAGAGGUAGUUUGCAAUGAGCUAGACCACAAGGCUGUUCUCUACUACGACAUAAAACCCCAACAGGAUCUAAUGAUAACCUACAAAAACCCAAUCUUCAACUUCAAAUGCAAUGGAACGGAGAAUUCAUUACUGAAUUGUGUAAUUGUACGUAAUAAUAGAACCAGCUUAUGUAGCUCACGUGACUAUGCCGUUCGUGUGGAGUGUAUACGUUAUCUGCCCGACUUCUUCAACACAAGUGCAAAUACAAGUGAACUAUUAUAUAAUGUUGACUAUUUCUUGACGAAAGUUGAAGACGCGGGAAAUCUUUCAUCAGCAAGCUUUGGUUAUUUUGUUAUUGAUUCGCCUACCAUAAACGCCACCAACCAACUUGAGCUGCUGAAUUCGGAACCUUUUACCUACUCGUUUUACGCUCAUCAUAACGAAUUUUCAGAGUACUUGUCUUCGUCAUCAUACUUGAUGUCUUCUGAUCUUGCAAAAAUCAAUGCAACUGGCAGACUGCCAUUUCUGGACGAAAGCUCAAACGUACACCUUUAUGCAUUCGGUGGAGUAUUUGGUUUGAAUGUAUAUACACCACUUGGGGAGAAUGUAAAUGCAAAGGCUAGCUUUAUGUAUACAGCAAAUCUGUCAGUUCCUUUUGAGAUCGACGUACCACUAGAAUCAUCAAUUGAUCUGAUAUGUACAUAUUUUGACCCUGUCAUGGAAUAUUGGUCAUCGGCGGGUAUAAUAACCACAGUUUUACCGAAUGACACAAUUAAGUGUGAAAGUGAGCAUACUACAAGUUUUUCAAUAAUGAUGAAAGUUACCAUACAUGAACAGGAUAAUAUGUGGGACACAAUUCUCUCAGUGAUGACUUACCUUUGUCUUGGAUUGUCAAUAUCAGCAGCUAUCCCGACAUUUGUAAUCUUCGUAUCUGUGAGGUAA